UUCACUGACCUUCCACUUCACUUCGCAAAACCACCUUGCGCACCUCAACCUCCAAACCUCAUUCUUGACGCACAUCUCAAAUAUUGCUACCCUAGCGAAACCUACCUACAACUACCAAAGAUCAUCAUCAGACAGCAUUUUUAUAUAUCGGUCUUCCACCAAGCGCGGACUCUUGCUUCACCACCAGCGAAGUCAUCAAGACAGCUUCACCACUACCAGCGUCAUCGAAGCACAUCAGCGGGACUCACCAGCGAAGCGGCCUUCGCCCACCUUAUUCAAUACCAAUCCCAACAAAGGGCCUUUUUCCACAUCACAGCCCAAAAUGGCUACUAUCUCAAAAGACGAAGCCAUCAUCCGCUCCUCUGGCGAAGCCGCCCGCGCCUUCACAGACUGGUACUACACCCAACUCACCGACGGCAAGCCCAUCGCCUCCGCCUACGUCAACUCCAACGCCAAGUACCUGGCCGCCUCGCACCCGCCCGCCGACAUCUGCAUCAACGGGCAAGUCAUCGCCACGCCCGAAGAGUGGGACGCCCUCCUCGAGCAACAGCGUCUUGUCCCUUUCACCCAGCAAAAGGGCAAAGUGAAAUACGAAGUCGAGGGGUUCGACGUGCACGUCAUCAACAAGGAUUACCGGUUCGCCGCGCCCGCGGAGAUCGUGGCUGCUACCGACCCAAAAUUGAUGCAGAGGACGGAGGAUGCGAGGUUGAUGAUGGUUGUUACUGUGGCUGGGAGUGUGACGUUUGGGGCGGGGGGGAAAGAGAAGGGCACGCCGCCGAAGCAGCAUUUUUCGGAUGUUUUUGUUUUGGUGCCCAAUUGGGAUUAUGUGACGAGGCCCAAGUUUAAGGGGCAUAAGAGGUAUUUGGUUGCUAGUCAUACUUAUAGGGCGUACUAGGUGGUACGACUCUGAGGGAUAAGAGGUGACUGAAAGCAACGUGGGGAUGUGGUAAGCGGUGGUAAGCGGAGGGAGGAGAGGGAAGGGAAGCAAAAGGGGAAUUAGAAGGGAUAUAUCAAAGGGUUUGCUUCACUGGAUUUCCAGAUCAGCAAAGUGCUUGCUUCAGCGUUUAGCUUAUGGAUUUGGCGUCAGGGACGGAAAAGAGAAGGAUCUGACAUGGUUUGAUGAUAACUCGAAGCGGAGCAUGUGGGAAGCUGAUACCACGAAAUACACAUCAUACUUCGA